UUUGAUUUUCCCCCCUCCACAGAGCCGAGAAAACAGAAGUCCUCAGUGAAGAUCUGUUACAGAUCGAGCGGCGCCUGGACACGGUUCGGUCAAUGUGUCACCAUUCGCACAAGCGUCUGAUGGCAUGUUUCCAGGGCCAGCACGGCACCGAUGCUGAGAGGAGAUACAAAAAACUCCCGCUGACCGCUCUCGCUCAGAACAUGCAAGAAGCAUCAACUCAACUGGAAGAAUCUCUGCUGGGGAAGAUGCUGGAGACGUGUGGUGAUGCCGAGAAUCAGCUGGCUCUAGAACUUACACAGCAUGAAGUCUUUGUUGAGAGAGAGAUUGUGGAGCCUCUGUGCAGCAUAGCAGAGGUGGAGAUUCCCAACAUCCAAAAACAGAGGAAACAGCUCGCUAAAUUGGUGUUAGACUGGGAUUCGGUCAGAGCCAGGUGGAACCAGGCUCACAAAUCUUCAGGAACCAACUUCCAGGGGCUUCCGUCAAAAAUAGAUACCCUAAAGGAAGAGAUGGAUGAAGCUGGAAAUAAAGUAGAACUGUGCAAGGAUCAACUUGCCGCAGAUAUGUACAACUUUAUGGCCAAAGAAGGGGAGUAUGGCAAAUUCUUUGUUACGUUAUUAGAAGCCCAAGCAGAUUACCAUAGAAAAGCAUUAGCAGUCUUAGAAAAGGCCCUUCCCGAAAUGCGAGCCCAUCAAGAUAAGUGGGCGGAAAAGCCAGCCUUUGGGACGCCCUUGGAGGAACACCUGAAGCGGAGCGGCCGUGAGAUUGCCCUGCCCAUCGAAGCCUGCGUCAUGUUGCUCCUGGAGACGGGCAUGAAGGAGGAGGUGAGCGGCGCUCUGUGGCCCUGCCUGCCGCCGCCUACGCUGCAUGGACUGACGGCUUUCCAGCUUCAGUUGCCAUGACCCACAUUUUAAAUGGGGACCCUGCACAUUUUACCUGGAACAGACACUAUGAAUGAAACGAGUUU